AUGACCGAAGACUAAAUAAUAGAUCUAAUUAAGAAAAAAGAGGAUGAAGAAGAAUGCCUUUUUAACAGUCAAUUCUAUAAUCCUCCUCCAGAGUUGAAAAAAUAUGAUUCUGACAAUGAAAGCCAAUCAGAAUAUCAUUAACAGAAUUGUAAGAGGGCAAACGUUACUACAAAGGAUGGAGGGGAAGUAAAAAUAUAUAUAACCUGUAGUCUUCUAUUGAACCUUUUUCAUUUCAGAACAAUGGAUAAUAUGAGAAUGAUGGGAUGCCGAUUGAAGAAAUAGAAUACCAACACUAACAAGAAGAUUAGCACUCUAAUUAGGAGAGUUUAAUAAAUAUUGAAAAUUCUGGAGAAAUUCUUUAAAAAAGAGUAAAGUUGAUAUCAGGCUAAGAAGAGUUCUAGGACGAAGAAGACAAAUAAUUCUAAUUCGGAGAGUUCUAAAAUAUCAAAAAAAAAGAGCUCAAAUAGGAAGAAUGUAAUUAAAACUAGUUGUAGGCUGCUUACUAUAUAUCCAAAGAAAAUGAAAAGGAUUAGAAUUUCAGGAUUAAAAUUGUUAAAGUCUAGCCGUAAUCUAUUGAAUAGAAGUAAAAUGUAGGAUUAGCUCUAUAGACAUCUUUAUAAUAAGAACAUAUUUAGAAUGUAAUAAGUUUAUUUAACAUAUAGUCUUCCUUGUUAAAUCUUUAACCAAAGAAAGCUGACUAAAAUAAUGAGGUUAUUGAAGCUGGAGCGCAGAUGAAAAUAUAAAAAUAAACAUUGUAAAUUUCAAAAAUUUUAUAACAAAUCUAAAAAAAUGAAACUAAGGAGAAACCAUAACUUUUAAGUAAGAGAAUGUAUGAGAAUUUUGAGAGAUUCAUAAAAAAAAAAUCCAAAUGGAAAUGCUUUCUUAAAUACUCUCCUAAUGUAUUGGUUCAUCUCAUUUGUUAAUAUGCUGGUUCCCUGAAAUAACUUGAAAAAGUUAUUAUUAUAUAUGAUAGGUUGGUAGCACAUUUUUAAAAAAUGGAUGAAGAUUGGAUUAUCAGUUUUAACCUAAACUUAUAGAUAAAAAUUUAAAGUGACUAAAUAGAUAAGAGUAAAAUCGAUAAGGAAUGGAUUAUUAAAGAAAAUGCUAAUUUUUAUUUACUCUGCAAUUUUAAAAAAUUAUGCUAAGGGAUAGCAAUAGAUUUUAAAAAGACUGAAUACUUCAUUGAUGUUAACAAAAAACUUAAUAAUCAAUUGGAGAAAAAUGUAUCUCCAAAAGAAUAAGAACAGAUUAAUNCUCAAAAUUUGAUUGAUUUUUUAAAGGAUAUAGAUUUAGUGUUUGAAUCAAUAAUAAUAAAAUAUUUUCAAAAUUUUUUGUUAACGACUCUUAUUUUAUAUAUAAAAGAUGUAAAAACAAUUUCACUAUCAAAACCAAGUUUUAUUUUUUUUAAUUUUUUUUCAAUGACCGAAGACUAAAUAAUAGAUCUAAUUAAGAAAAAAGAGGAUGAAGAAGAAUGCCUUUUUAACAGUCAAUUCUAUAAUCCUCCUCCAGAGUUGAAAAAAUAUGAUUCUGACAAUGAAAGCCAAUCAGAAUAUCAUUAACAGAAUUGUAAGAGGGCAAACGUUACUACAAAGGAUGGAGGGGAAGUAAAAAUAUAUAUAACCUGUAGUCUUCUAUUGAACCUUUUUCAUUUCAGAACAAUGGAUAAUAUGAGAAUGAUGGGAUGCCGAUUGAAGAAAUAGAAUACCAACACUAACAAGAAGAUUAGCACUCUAAUUAGGAGAGUUUAAUAAAUAUUGAAAAUUCUGGAGAAAUUCUUUAAAAAAGAGUAAAGUUGAUAUCAGGCUAAGAAGAGUUCUAGGACGAAGAAGACAAAUAAUUCUAAUUCGGAGAGUUCUAAAAUAUCAAAAAAAAAGAGCUCAAAUAGGAAGAAUGUAAUUAAAACUAGUUGUAGGCUGCUUACUAUAUAUCCAAAGAAAAUGAAAAGGAUUAGAAUUUCAGGAUUAAAAUUGUUAAAGUCUAGCCGUAAUCUAUUGAAUAGAAGUAAAAUGUAGGAUUAGCUCUAUAGACAUCUUUAUAAUAAGAACAUAUUUAGAAUGUAAUAAGUUUAUUUAACAUAUAGUCUUCCUUGUUAAAUCUUUAACCAAAGAAAGCUGACUAAAAUAAUGAGGUUAUUGAAGCUGGAGCGCAGAUGAAAAUAUAAAAAUAAACAUUGUAAAUUUCAAAAAUUUUAUAACAAAUCUAAAAAAAUGAAACUAAGGAGAAACCAUAACUUUUAAGUAAGAGAAUGUAUGAGAAUUUUGAGAGAUUCAUAAAAAAAAAAUCCAAAUGGAAAUGCUUUCUUAAAUACUCUCCUAAUGUAUUGGUUCAUCUCAUUUGUUAAUAUGCUGGUUCCCUGAAAUAACUUGAAAAAGUUAUUAUUAUAUAUGAUAGGUUGGUAGCACAUUUUUAAAAAAUGGAUGAAGAUUGGAUUAUCAGUUUUAACCUAAACUUAUAGAUAAAAAUUUAAAGUGACUAAAUAGAUAAGAGUAAAAUCGAUAAGGAAUGGAUUAUUAAAGAAAAUGCUAAUUUUUAUUUACUCUGCAAUUUUAAAAAAUUAUGCUAAGGGAUAGCAAUAGAUUUUAAAAAGACUGAAUACUUCAUUGAUGUUAACAAAAAACUUAAUAAUCAAUUGGAGAAAAAUGUAUCUCCAAAAGAAUAAGAACAGAUUAAUAAAUUAAAAUACGUAGUUACAAGAAUUGAAUAUCUUAAAUACAAUAAAUUAAUGAAAAAAAUUGUAGAUUUUGAUCAAAGUGACAUCAAAGAGUUAUAUAAAGUUCCCGAGAUUAAAGAGUAAGUUGAUAAUAUCUAUUAAAAAAUCGUAACAUCGCCUUAAAGUUUUUCUGAAUAUAAUAGUAUUACUGGUUAUGAUACUUAGAAGAGUAACCCCAAAAAGACCAAUACUUAUUAUUUAUAAAGCUUAAUCGAAAAAAUAAAUAAGGCUUAAUAAGAAAAUAAAUGA